UUUGCGUAUUCCACAGCAAGCUGCUGUUCUUUGUUGUUGCAUUCAGGGUGGUGAACUGUACAAUCAUAAGUCUGCAAUGUCAGGAAAAGGAAGGUGGUUCUGUGCAUGGCAAUUUAUUCUAGCGUGUACAAUUGCAACAUUCACUUUUGGAUAUGCCGAAGCCAAAUCUGGUCCGUUGCCUAUUUGCUAUCCACCAGCAACAAUCGACAUUGUACGAGGCUUAGGUGUGGAUCAGUUACCAUAUGGAGUCGAUCAGACAUGCGAUGAAAAUGGUCUUGUUGCAUACGAAGUGAACAAGUAUGCAAAUAUUGCAGUUCCUUUCAACAGAGUGCUUAGCCGUGGACUUCAAGAUUCCAAGCUCGUUGAGAGGGAAUGGCCUGGAGAUUUUUCUGUUAGCAUGCGCUUGCGAAUGUGGGAGAAAGGCGCUGAUAUUAUCAACAUUCUUGAUGCCUAUGGCGGACAUCGGUUUGGAAUUAGUGCUGGUACAGAAGGUGUCUUCCUGAAGUUCAAUGGCAUGGUGCCAGCUGUGCGAAUUUCAUCUGUCAAUGUGGCUGAUGGGAAAUUCCAUAGAAUUCUCUUGUCAUUCAGAGGUAACUUCGUAGUUUCUAGAGUGUCUGGUCGGGACAUUUCUACCUGUGGUGAUGAGAACACCAGGGUGUUAAGAAUCGGAGCUGGAGAUCGAAGAAUCCCUGUUAACAGAGGGUUUGUUGUGCUUGGGCGUGAAGGAUAUACUGGUAUUGAGACACCGCAAGUAACCAUUCAACAGCUGGUGUUCAUGCCAGAUCCUUUCACUGCUUAUUCCUGUCCAUAUGAAAUCGACUGCUUUAAUGGCUCUGGAGAUCUCAGUGAAGAAGUGAUGAAGCAGUAAAACCCUCUUAUCGAUGUUGUAAGGUAUUACAAACAGCUUCUUAACGUCCCUUCUAAGAGUAACUGACAAGCAGUAUCACUAACGAAGCUGCUGAUGCUGCUGCUGUGGUGUGCAUGUAUUUCAUAAGAGGAUGCUGUCUGGAGCACUAGAAAUUGUGUAGUUUCACUUUUAGUUCUACUGCUUGUCUGAAUGUUAACGAUGUGAAGUUGGCUAAACAAAAAUAGUGAAGAAGUCACUGCUCUUGCUACAUAUGCCGCUCUGACGGCCCUGAUACUAUUAAUCAUAAAAACUAGACAAUAAAAAGGUGAUAUGUACCAACAACAAGACAGAC